CGAGACCCCGCCCCGGAAAUGCGUGUGCUAGCUUUCUGUGUGCUUAGGUGCCCGAGCUACUGAGGGUCUAGGUCCGGGCAGCCGAAGAGUGUGGUAGGUAACGGUCGUCAGCGCAAGGGUCAUUUCGUCGCUGGGAAGGGACGGCCCUCGCCCGCGGUGAUGGUGGUUAGCAAGAUGAACAAAGAUGCGCAGAUGAGAGCAGCGAUUAACCAAAAGUUGAUAGAAACUGGAGAAAGAGAACGCCUCAAAGAGUUGCUGAGAGCUAAAUUAAUUGAAUGUGGCUGGAAGGAUCAGUUGAAGGCACACUGUAAAGAGGUAAUUAAAGAAAAAGGACUAGAACACGUUACUGUUGAUGACUUGGUGGCUGAAAUCACACCAAAAGGCAGAGGGAAAAACACUCUUUCCAAAAUUAGCCCUGGUACCUGACAGUGUAAAGAAGGAGCUCCUACAAAGAAUAAGAACAUUCCUUGCUCAGCAUGCCAGCCUUUAAGAUUGAAUUAGAUUGUGUUGUUUUGUGGUUUUAUUUCUGAAAGUAAAACUUGCCAUAAAUUAGGAAUCAAUUUCCCCAAAUAAAAUCCUUUUUUGUAUGAUGGUAUACAGUUUUCAGUAAUGAUGUAUACAUUGUAUUGAUUUUUUUCCCUAAAUGUGUUAUUUUAAUAAAUAUCUCAUGAAUGAGUUUGAAGUUUCCUUGGGUUUUGGAAUAAAUGGGACUUUAUUAAUAAUUCAUCAGAUUUGUUGAGAGAAAAAGUCAGCAAUUAAUAUAGUUUAAGUGUUAAAUAUGUAAAUGUUAAGUAAGCAAAUAUCUGUACUAACAACUGAGAAGUAAACAGCGUCUUCUGAUUGUUUGGAUGUAGUGUAUGCCUCUUGAAUCCCUAUAAUAUUUUAUAAUAUAUGUCCCAUCUUGUACUACAGAUAUCUUAUUUGUUAUUAAUGCUGAGGUUAGGACUGGGUCUUACUCAUCUUUAUGUGCCUUCCUUAUUCCUCAAAGAAUGUACCAUCUUAUUGGAAGAGAGAACAUUUGCAAACUGGCUCCAUACCAAGCUCCUUUCACAUACUCAUCUGAACUUUGAAAGCAGAAACUAAAUUGCAUCCCCACAUACUAAGGUCAAGAAAGAACUUAAUGGGAAAUAAUCUCCGCCCAUAGCUUUACUCUGACAUCAAGAUUGCCAAACAUGGACUUUUGUCUAUUCUUACGUGACCUCUACUGGAAAAGGAGAAUGUUGACCAUCCUGCCACUUGGAACUCUUCCCACUCCUCACGUUGUUUAUACCUACCACUGGAAGCUCCUCCUAUUUCUUGUGGAUAACUUUUGCUGUAUGGAACUUUAAAUAAUGGUGUUUCUUAGUGCCCCCUCUGGGCCCUCUGCCUGAUAAAAUUUCCUGGGCAAAUCCCAGGAAAUUUGGGUCGGACCAUGGCUUCAAACACUAACAGGUUGACAAAUGAUAAACUGCAUCUCCAGCCCAGCCUCCAGAUCCAUAUACUCAACUGCUACGGAUCAGACUCCUUGAAUGUUCCAUAAACACCUCAAACUGA